GAGGCAGAGCAAGGGUGAGCGAGCAACAGCCACAGAGACGAGAGGGAAAGAGAGAGAGGGGAGCGGAGUUAAUGGAGAGGGCUACAACUGCGCACAAACAGAGAUUUGAUCAGUGAGUUAAACUUACUGGUGCUGGUCAGUGUGCAGUGAAGCCAUCCGCUGCGAACAAGCCCUGCGCCCGCACGAGCCUCCACUACUUGUUGAGCUGGGCUGGAACACUCACAUUUGUUUCUGAGAGGACCGGAUUCCAUUUUGGACGUAUUUAUAUGACAACACCUUUGUUGCAUUUGUAAUGUGGGGUGAUCGGAAGCAAGCGUGGAACCUGUGGAUUUAACAAAAAUAAAAAAACGGAUUUGGGACAGAUUGUUUCUUAUCUUGUGACUUGUACCGGUUUGCUUCGGCGUGCAUGAACAUUUAUUAAAGAAAAAAAAAGGCAAAGCAAUGGAAGUAAGUGCGGAUCAGCCACGAUGGAUGAGCCAUCAUCCCGCGGUGUUGAACGAGCAGCAUCCCGGCUCACAUCACCUCGGCCACUCAUACAUGGACCCUUCGCAGUAUCAGCUCGCUGACGAUGUGGAUGUACUCUUUAAUAUCGAUGCACAGGGGAACCACGUCUCUCCAUACUAUGGAAACUCUGUCCGAGCCGUCCAGAGGUACCCUCCUCCUCCACACAGUAGCCAGGUGUGCCGUCCCUCAUUACUGCACGGCUCUCUGCCCUGGCUGGAGGGGAGCAAAGGCAUCGCCCCGCACCACAGCACUUCUCCCUGGAACCUGAGUCCCUUCCCCAAGAACCCCCUGCACCACGGCUCCCCGGCCAGCCUGUCCGUCUACCCUCCGGCCUCCUCCUCCUCCCUGCCCACCGGUCACUCCAGUCCGCACCUCUUCACGUUUCCCCCGACCCCACCGAAAGAUGUAUCCCCAGACCCGGGCAUAUCCACCCCGGGCAGCAGCUCCGGGCGGCAGGAGGAUAAAGAGUGCAUAAAGUACCAAGUGACCCUGGCCGAGAGUAUGAAACUGGAGUCAGCUCACAGCCGGAGCGUGGCAUCAAUCGGAGCAGGGUCAUCCUCUGCCCACCACCCCAUCGCCACAUACCCAUCCUAUGUCCCUGAAUACGGCCCAGGCCUCUUCCCACCAAGUAGCCUGAUAGGUGGGUCAUCUUCUAGUUAUGGUUCCAAAACAAGACCAAAAUCAAGGUCCUGUUCAGAAGGUAGAGAGUGUGUGAACUGCGGAGCCACGUCAACUCCGCUGUGGAGGCGGGACGGUACGGGUCACUAUCUGUGUAACGCCUGCGGACUCUAUCACAAGAUGAACGGGCAGAAUCGCCCUCUCAUCAAACCCAAGCGGCGGCUGUCCGCAGCCAGACGGGCAGGGACGUCAUGCGCAAACUGCCAGACGACAACGACGACGCUGUGGCGGAGAAACGCCAACGGGGACCCGGUGUGUAACGCCUGCGGCCUGUACUAUAAACUGCACAAUAUCAACCGACCUCUCACCAUGAAGAAGGAAGGCAUCCAGACCAGGAACAGGAAGAUGUCCAGCAAGUCCAAGAAGAGCAAAAAGUCCCAGGACGGUAUGGACGACUUCUCCAAGAGCCUGAUGGACAAGAGCAGCUCCUUCAGCCCGGCCGCCCUGUCCCGCCACAUGUCCUCCUUCCCUCCCUUCUCGCACUCCGGCCACAUGCUGACCACCCCCACACCCAUGCACCCCUCAUUCGCCCCCCACCACCCUUCCAGUAUGGUCACAGCCAUGGGUUAGACCUCCCUGUGCUGCACAAGCCCCUUAACCAUCAGCCUCGCCACCACCAUAUCCCUCGGUACCUCUGCUGACCUGCUUCCAUAUCCUAAAAAGACAAAUAAACUGCUCCUCGGCCUGACCCCAGCCCCCACCCCCCUUCCCCCCCUGUCCCACCGCCGAGCUGCGGUGAGAGAACGACAGGGUUCGGCUACCUUUGUCCUCAGUUGUAUCUUAUUUUUAUAAAAUCCAAAUGUACCUGAAUGCUUUGCAGACUUGACUUGACUGUGGCGCACUGACCUCCAAAAGGGGGGGAAGAUUUUGUUUUCCUCCAACCAGGGAGAGACAUUUUCUCCCCAAGCCGCCACCACCACCACACAUAGAGGCUGUCCUCCCAGCUGAUCCACAUGAUAAGGAGCUCCAUUUGUGUACAAAAAGCCAUUUUUUUCCACCACACACGAACAUCACAAAAACAGACAUGAAAAAAACCUUUACAACGACCUCUUCCAAACUUUCCAAACCCACCUCUCUUCACCUUGCACCUGUGUAACAGGAACCCCCGCUACUCUUUUCCCCUACUUCUUCUUCUUCUUCUUCCUCUUCUUCUUCUUCUUCUUCUUCUUGCUGGAGUUGAGGAGAGACAGACGUUGAAUAUAUUUGUACAAAUUGUAUGAAAUACAGUACAUUUAAUGAAGACUUUUUAAUUAAGUAAGAAAAAAAAAAUGGAAACAUGCCCCGGGGCAGCUAACGACGAGAAGGGUACGAGUUGCAGCAGUAGGAGAGACUUGCCGCCAGAUGAGUGAGGAGAGGACGCCUCUGAAUCCCAGAGGAAAGAAAAAAGGGAGGAGGAGGAGGAGGUGAGAAGACUUUUGAGAAAAGGCAGGCCUCGGUUUUCGCCUGCGUGAAUUGUGUUGCAUUAAAGAGACUCAGCGGCUCUGGCUGCAGGCGUCUGUACUUUUGUUUUUGUUUUUUUGGAUGUGCUAUAGGUCUCGGGCAAUUGGUUUGUGUUGACGUGCGCACGUACACUGUACACACAUACACGCACACACACAUUUGAUCACCUGCAAGACUUCCUGCCCACAGAUUAUAUGCAUUGUGAAAAAAAGUUCCUGUAUUUGUUAUUUGUAUGUAUAAAUCAGAGUACCAAAAAUACGAAAUAAACAAAGAUGUAGAAUUAUUUCUUUAUGUUAUGCAGACUGAAUGGUUGUAAAAAUUUAAUAAUAAUCACUAGUGUAAAAUAUGACUGCUUUUUUUGUUUCGUAAUUUUUUUUUUUUUCCUCUUUGAAAAUAAUAAACUAGUUUAAUCUCUGUUGACAUGUUA